CUGGGCCUUCCACAGCUCCCGUGCCGCCAGGUUGCCCAAGCUGCCCCCGGGCUUGCUGGCCGAGGUCCCCCCCACGGAGCGCUUCUUUCCCGGGGGCAGUCCGGUCAUUUUCGGCCGUCCUUUAUCCCCCGGUGCAAUUGCUCGUGUGGUGGGAGCGUGGAGGCCGGUGGGGCCGCGCUACCCCCGGGUGGUGGAGAGUGGAGACAGAGUCAAAUGCGGGAGUUAAAACGCGGCGCGACGGGGUGGGUGGGGACUGGCGCCGGGGGCGCGCGCGGGACACGUGGGCGACCGCCGGCCGGAGCUGCCGUGUGCGGCUACGGCCGCGGCGGGGCGGCGGGGCCGACGGCUGUUCGUUCGGGUGGCGCGGACGCGGGCCCCACCUGUCGGGUGACCGGCUGGAGUGUGGGGUCCCUUUCCUAUGAAGGAGGGGCCUGCGCGUGGGCCCACCCUGCCGCUGGAACGGCGGGGAGGCGUGGGGUUUCCGUUAUGGCGUUGCGUCGGAUGGCAGUUUGGCCGAUGUGUUUCAUGCGGCCUUGCCUAACUAAAAAUGUGUUCAUCCAUGGGGGGAAUUUUCGGAUUACUUUUGCGGCUGGAGGAGGAAGAAAGGACAAUAAUGGGCGGGUGGGCUCCAUUGGACGGCCGCAGCUGACCUUCCCGACCCCGCCUACAUGGGCCACGGGCCAGCGACCUCGGAAGAAAUUGAGGCUUCCGGAGGUCCAGCAACUGGUGCGGUCUCUUACGGUGGAGAAUGAUAGCCUCCGCGAGGAGAUGCGAGCUUUGCAGAGAGCUUGCAAGGCACUGUCAAAAGAAAAUGACAAGCUUGAGACGAGGUUAGGGCACUCGGACUCACCGAAUGAAAUCACAUCAAAGGACCAGAAAGGAAAGGAACAGAUUGAUGAACAGGUUGCGCAGUCCACACAAGACAGCUUCGUGCUACCAGAUCUCAACCUUCCCCCACAGGACACUGCAGAUGUAUCACCAGUUCAUUAAUCACUGCAGAUUGCUGCAACCUUAACCUAAUAACAAGUGUACAUAGAGGAAGCAGGGUAGCAGUCUAGAUGGCAGCGCCGCCACGUCAUCAUUUGAGACUGACACAUAUUUGAUAAGUUGUUAUUAGAUCACAGGGUUUACUACCACUAUAGUCGUAAGUCAUAAGCCACAUCUGUAGCUAAAGGGAAAAUCUAAUUUUAACUCACCUGACAUUGUUUUGGGUAGUGCGUCCGCACAUGGUCGAGCUGAAGAUAGUUUCAGCUCAAACUGAUUUCCACUGUAGUGGAUUUAGAUGAAUUUAUUCAUGUUAUUUCGUUCAAUGAAGUGAAUAUUACUUGUGAAGAUCUGGCAUUUGUGAGGA